GUGUCUCCGCGUGUCUCGUCGCGUCGAUCACCGUCGUCUCUGUGUCGUCUCCACACGUGCGCGCGCGUGCGUCUCACUCGCGUCCUUGUGGCAUCGGUGUUGCUGUUUGUCGUUGUGUCGUCUCAGCGUGCCACGGCUCCCAUGAUGACGACUCGGGUGGAGGAGACGCAGGGGGGACAGGGGACACGGGGGGGACAGGAGACACGGGGAGGGCAGGGGGAAGGUGGGGGACAGGAGACAGAGCGGGGACAGGGGACAUCGGGGGGACAGGAGGCACAGGGAGACCGCGGGAGGGAGGCGAUCUCCGUGGGUCUCUUGGGGCUACUGAGACCCGCCGUGCGAGACGUGGACGAGAGCGUGAGGGCCGUCAGGGAGUCGCAGAUGGAUCUCAGAGAGCAGAUCGAGUCUCUGGCUGCAGAGCUGCGCAGAGUGAGCGAGGAGCAGGCUGGGGCUCCCGACCUCGACGUGUACGUCAAGAAACUGCUCAACGCGCGGAGACGCGUGGUGCUGGUCAACAACAUCCUGCAGAACGUGCAGGAACGUCUGGCAAGACUGAACCACAACGUGUCGCGCGAGUCUGCGCGGAGACGCACAAUCCUCGAUCCCUCGGAUCCCACGCUCCCUGGGCCCGUGUGACCCCCCCCCCCCGUCACAGCCACCACUCCCUGCCAUCUCCCGUGUACACAGCCCCCCUCUCACUCCACACCGUCACAGCCACCUCUUUCCCGUGUACCCAUCAUCACUUCCCCCCACCCUUCAUUUAACGAUCAAAUAAAGUGGAACAUCUGCUCCAUGUGUCUCUCAGCGUGCAA